UGAUCCAUCCUUCCUAUUUUACAAUCUCUCUCUCAAUCAUCAAUUAAAGGUUGCACUUGCAGUCUCUUGAUCGCACAGCGUAUGGAGCUCGUCGCCAAGGCCAAGGCAGUGAAACUCCGCAGCCAUCUCGACAAGUAUCUAGUAGCCGACGACGAUCAAGAAACCGUCCGUCAAAGCCGAAACGGGUCGUUAAAGAGAGCCGUGUGGUUAGUCGAGUUAGUUGAAAAGAAAGACACCGUGCUCCGUCUCAGAAGUUGCUACGGCAAGUACUUAACCGCUUCCGAUCUUCCCUUUCUUCUCGGCAUGACGGGUAAAAAGGUACUCCAAACUCUACCGGGGAAGAAGAUGGACUGGAAACUUGAGUGGGAGCCAAUAAGGGACGGGUUUCAAGUAAAGCUCAAAACAUGGUGUGGAACUUUUUUACGUGCAAACGGAGGAACGCCGCCGUGGAGAAACACCAUCACUCAUGAUGACCCGUUUACUGGUUCAGCAAAGAACUGGGUUCUGUGGGAUGUGGAGGAGGUGAAAUUACCUGAAACGGUGUCGUUGAAGGAGUAUUGGUCGUCAGUUUCGAGUUUUUCUUCGGUCUCCGAUGAGGUUUUGGAGGUUUUGUCCGAUGAUCUUUUCGGUUCAGAACCAGAAUCCCCCAUCUCAGAUGUUUCACCUAAGCUGAAGUCCUCCAGAUUCUCACUUUUUUCGAGCCAUUCGCCCAAAAUUUCAUCAACAAAUCAGCCGAUCUCUAAAUUUAUCCACCACCGAAGCAGGAUGGACUUCUUUCACAACGCCAAAACAGUUCGUCUCCUUAGCCACCACGACAAGUUUCUUGUUGCCGAGGAAGAUGAAGAAUCCGUAACUCAGGAUCGCAACGGAUCCUCCGGGAGUGCUAAGUGGACUGUCGAGCUUGUUCCUGGAACGGAGAACAUAAUUCGUCUUAAAAGCUGUUAUGGGAAAUAUCUCACCGCCUCCAACCAGCCGUUUUUGCUGGGUAUGACGGGUCGGAAAGUGAUUCAGUCUCUGCCCAGAAGGCUUGACUCUUCCGUUGAAUGGGAGCCCAUCAGAGAAGCGAACCAAGUGAAGCUCAAGACACGUUACGGUCGUUUCUUGAGAGCCAAUGGGGGCUUGCCGCCUUGGAGAAACUCUGUCACUCAUGAUAUUCCUCAAAGAACAGCUACUCAAGAUUGGAUUUUGUGGGAUGUUCAUGUGGUUGAUCUUCUAGUUCAAUCUCAUCAAGCAACUCCAGCCCCACCAGCCAUUCCUCAUUCGGAUUCUCUGGAUUUUGAGUCCAGUUCACCUACUGUAACAGCCAAACCUGGGAAUUUUUCAAGACAAGAGUCAAAUGAUUCGUAUGUGAGUUCGCCACCAAAAUCCGAGGGAAGGAAUAUAUACUAUCACGUUGCCGAUGAGAGUGGACAGGUUGAUGAUGAUGGGACGGAGGGUUAUUCUUUGAUCUUUAAGGGAACAGGAGUUGAAGAAUUGACUCAAAAAUUGAAGGAAGAUCUAGGUCUUGAGGACAUCGUUGUGUGUACUCGAAGUCCUUUGAAUGGAAAGCUUUUUCCCCUCCGGCUCCAACUUCCUCCAAACAAUGCUGAUAUGCAUGUUUUUGUUGUUCCAUCAUCUUCAAAAGUGGCCAAAGAAUUUGCAAAACAGGGGACCCAAUCAUAGGAUGCAUUAUGUGGGCAUCAUAGUUGUAUGCAAUGUAUUCACAACUUCAUACUCUGUACACACCGAUUCAGCCUUAUGAAUAUAUGCUAGUUGAAAGCAUCUUGCUUUAACCUAUUGGGACACUGCCGGAACUUCAAUGCCUCAUGGUAGGAAGCAUAAGGAAAUGAGACCCCUUGCCGCAGCCAAGAUUGAUUACACCGCUAUAGCGCUCCUAUUAUUCUUCUCAACUUUGCUCAGUUUAGAAGAAUGAUUAAAUUCGUUUGUUGGUUCAUUGAUCAAUUUUGUUUUGGCCAAACUUUUCAUUAAGAAAAAUGUAUGGUUUUGCAGCCUUGUAAACUGUAUACUCAUAAAAUCAUAAAUGUAAUAUGUUGGCCCUUGAAA